AGUGGGGGGAAAGCUAACAAAAGUAGGGGGCCAAUGCUUCUUUCCCCUUUCAUUGCAGCUUUGCAAUUACUUGCUUCGCAAAAAUUGGGGGCAAUGGUCAGCAUGGCCAAUGGCAUGAUCAUGGUGUUUCUUGGAUGAUCCCUUGUUUCUUGGAUGAUCCCCUUUGCCACUGAAUUUAAUUUUUCGACCCCCUUUCUGACUGGUAUGAUUUGACUGGUGUAAUCGAGGCUAUUGGAAAUGUUUACUUCACACGUGCGACUAGAGGUGAAAGUUGUGGAUGCGAAAGUCAGAGGGCCGAGUCAAAGAUCUCCUAAGAACAGCUAAGAACAGAGGGAUGAUGAUGGUACAAACCUGACUUGUACCCUUGAGAUCAGCUGUUGUGUAUAAUUGCAAAGUCCAAAAUUGACCAGCAUUUGAAACAUAUGUCAGAAGGUUUUUUGGGCACAACACCCUGAGCAAAACAAACGAUGUCAUUUUUUAACUACUCGAGCCCAUUCCAGGCGCCGAUGGAUUUGAAUCAGCUUAUGUACUGGGACAGAAUCACAGGGCUAAACUACUUGGCCGAUAGUUAUUACUAUGACUCUGACUCUGACACAGAGGGAGUGCCAGUUGCAGUCUCAGCUGAGAUUGUCAAAUCAAACAAAGCAAAUGCAGACAGCAAGCUUUGCAAGUUCUAUCAACGUGGGCACUGCAAAUUCGGCAGUCAGUGCCGAUUCCUUCACGCUUACGGGGAAGACCGUCAACAGCCGAUGGACACAUGUUCUUUUUUUCUGAAAGGAAAUUGCCGUUAUGGUGCCAAUUGUCACUUUAUGCAUCCAGGUUACAAAGAAAUUCAUCAGAUACAGGUGGACAAGCGGACACCCAGCAAAAAGGUUAGCUCAGUAUUCUCACCAUCUGAUGAAGAUCUGAAGGCAGGUCGACUGACAAGAAUAAAACUGUACUUCGACCAUCCAGUGAAAGAUUCUGUCAAGCUUGAAGGACAUCAAAUUGUUGGUUGCCAGUACUUUCUUGAUGUUUUUGUAGACAAAAGGGGGGAUGAUGUUCAGUAUCUUCAUGAUGUUGUAGAAAAUAGAGCUCAACACCCUUUAUAUCGCAAAGGGAUGUUUGGUUUAUCAAAGGCUGGUACCAACCUUGAUCUCUCAGAGUUGUCUCAAAAACUGAGCGAUACAUCUGUUUUCAUCUUUGGGAGUUCUGUUGAUGUUCUUCUUACACAAUCGUACAGCCUUGCUGCCACCGUAGUCGACAACAAAGAGCUGGCUGUUAAAAGACGAUACCCUAUGUCUGCCCUUGCCCGUGAGGUGAAUGGCUCUUUUCAAGAGAAAGCUUUGCGUUCGUUACUGAAAGUUUACCCUAAACCAGACAUAGGAAAGGGAGACUCAAACGCCAAUCACAUUUCGCCUUCAACUGCAGAGGACAAAGAGCCUGCAAAAUUGUACAAGAUGACAUCAGAUGUUGGAAAACGUGUAAAGCAACACUGCGAAUCUGAAUGCUGUUGGUGUGUAAAGAAAGGGUGCGGUUGCCUGGUUCGGCUGAAUGAAGACAUAGAGAGUGAUAAUAGUGAAUUGAGCUGUAAUAGUAGAGAUGCACGAAAUCGCAGAUCAAUCGGUGGCAACUUCGAAUGUGGUUUCUUCCCUGAGAGCCUUGAGCCUGAAGACGUGGCUGCAGGCAUCCAAUUUAAGCUAGGUGACAUAGUCACGUUUGGUGAAUACCCCUCAGUCACUCUGUACGUCGUUAGUGAAAAUGGCUCGUUGAAGAAGUUAAAGAAGGAUGGCUUCCUUUCCAUUCCAUUCCAGGUGUCUUCUUGCUUUCAAGAUCCCGUGAAGAAAUAUGAAGGAAUUUGCAAAUAUUACUCAUCGGGCAUUGGUGAUUUGAUGGGUAUCUACAUCAAGCCUGACGACGUUUGUUUUGUAAGAACCUUUGGUGACAAGCUGCCGCUGGAUUGGAAAUGCUGCUUUGUAGCGAAAUGUGGCUCGAAAGACUUGGUUGACCAUUUCAGGAUCGAAGUUGACGAAAAGAACGUUUUCACUGCCCUGCCACCAGAUGUUCAAGGCACUGAAGAAAUUUCCCCUGUUAACUGCAUUGAGGAAAUUUAUCAAAGAGGCCAAAGCCUAAAGGAAUCAGCUUCUUUUACUCGAUUCGAUGUCGAAUUGUCUUUGAAGGAAAGUGAGCGAGCAUUGUUAUUAAAAAAGCAUGGUGCAGUGUACCCCAAAAUUCCUACAUGGUCUGGUCGUCUGUCCCGUGUACAAGGAGGAAAGGGCCAAUUGAACGUAUCUGUAACGUGGCAAGGACCAUCGGUGGACGAAAAUGUUGCUAAGGCCAUCAUUGAAGAAUUCUAUGAAGGCUGUACUUGGAGGUAUGGCAGAAUUCGUGAUGCCAGCUGUUGAUAGAUGCGAGACGCCUGUUUCCUUAAAAAAAACAGCUUAAUUUUGAGUUUAUGCUUGUUUUGUUCGGUUUGUGUUUAUCGCUUGACUUAAAGAUGCAUUUAAACUACCUUCUCGAGUGUAGCCUCAGUAAAGGAUUCCGCCAUUUAUUAUAGAACGUAGGGCUGAUACCCAGUACACUUAGCAAUCUAGGACACACACAAAUUUUCUUUGCUGAACUUUUCAGAAACUGAAAAAAUAAAAUGCCAGCACUUUAAAGGAAAAAAUCACUUUUGUCGUCGAUAUAUUUUCUCGUUAGAUUUAUUGAAUAUGUAAAAACCAGCAGUCUUGCUUUCUUGCUAAAAUCCUUUGUGUGAAAAAAACAUGGAAAAUCCUGUAUUCCUGUAUUUACAAACCUUUGCGUUAAAUGAAGCUAUGAGUAUAGAUUCAUACAUAACUACGUUAGGUUGGAAGUCCCUAUCUUAAUUCUAAUUUCCUACUCAUGUGCCAAGUAACUGAUUCGAAUUAAAUAUAAUUUUACAUCAUGUACAUACAACGAUAUAGUAAGCAUAGUCAGCUACAAAUGACGGCAGUGCCUUGACCUUUGCAGUCAGAAAACGGGUAAUUAAAGGUCAGAAAUGCAUUGCUUUACCUCUUUUGGCUUGCUUUACUCUUACAAAAGAUUUUAAUGUGGUUUUUUGAUACUUUUCUUGUUCUGUUUACGAAUAUUUUUGACAAUUUUUGGGUUUGUCAUAUCAAUUUUAAAAGAGUUUAUAUUUAGGUAAAAACAAAUGUUUAUUGUUUAUAUUUUAAUACAAAGAGAUGUUAGGAGAUAAUAAUGAGCAUAAAUGUUUAUGUUGAAUGUGAAAAUAUCACUUUUUUAUUAAUUUGUUUAUCAAAUCUUUAGCAUUACGAAAUACCCGCUUGCAUCUGCUUGACGUAUUUUUCCUCACAAAACCAACUUCGCUAGGAUAUUUCCACAGCCAUUAACAGCUGCCAUAAUCACCAAUAAUGUAAAUGUUUAUGCUCUUUGUAUAUUUGCUUCUGUAGUUCGUAUUGUUUAUUGUUAAUGUUGGUUGUUAAAAACGUUGUGUUACUGUAAAAUCUAUUAUUAUAUAGGUUUUCACUACUGCUAUUUAAUAAACAUUUAUACAUUCAAUAUUACGCACAACGCGUUUUGUUCAAGUUUACGAGAAAUUUAAGCAGUGUUAUUUCUUUCCUGUACUUUCUUAAGUGAGCAUGAUUUUAUUUUUGGUUUGCACUCUGGAAGGGAAGCUUGGGUUAGCAAAUUUUUGCAUGGAUAAUUUGCGUGGCUCCACUUUGGAGUGUCUUCGUGGUUGGCCCUUGAGCAAUCUAUUUUUAGGGUCGUGAAGAGGAAAUAAUGAUAGAAAUAAUAAUAAACUUUGUCCUGUUAGUUUGACAAUAGUGUGAAC